AUGGAUGGCCGUGGGCUCACAUUAAGAAAGAAGCGCAAGGACCGCCCAACGAUUAGUGCUCCUCAAAAUGCCUCUGGUCCAGGGAUUACCAGGCCUGCACCACAACAGAGCAAGUCCAGCACUCUUACCGUUCCUCGAGAUCGAAAUGCUCCCACAGAAACCUCUGAUCUAGUCAAGCGUCGCUACUCGACUCGAUACAACCAGCUACCGGAUUUCAGCAAUGCUGGUGCGCCGCCCGUGCCGAAUCUUCCAGGCACACUCAAGAGAAGGUCAGGGGGCGGUUCACCUCGCAGACCAGGCACAUCAUCCUCGUCUCGCCCCUUAUUGGUGGACGGAGACAUCUUCAAAGACCCGAAUCUUCAGCAUGAUCGAUAUGUGACUGAUUUGUUGUCCAAUGCAUCGGAGCAAGAAAUUCAAGAUUACCAGUCAGGUCUUCAAAGACUGAAGAACCGCAACUCUACCGACCUUCAGCAAAGUGUCUACCAGAACAGAACCCAGUUCAUCAAAAUAAGCAAAGAGGCGGAAAAACUGAAGACUGAGAUGUCUAUCCUACAAAACCUUAUGUCGGAGCUUACCGGUACACUUGGCCAACGGGCAGGAGGAAAUUCUACCAGUCCUUCAUCCCCCGAAAUUGACGAAACUUCGUCGUCAAGACGUAAUCCAAAUCGCAGCUCGGUGGCCAAUCUUGAGCUGAUGUGGAAUAUCCAACUUCAAGCAUUGUGGAAGAACGUCGAGAAGUCACAGAAAUUCCUGCCAGCCGCUCCGGGACGACAUAUUGUUGCCGAGACUGGAAACUGGAUUGAGCUUGACAGUGCCACGUGGAAACCCAAACGACCAGUUCACAUUGUUCUAUUGAAUGAUCAUCUACUUAUCGCUUCGAAGAAACGCAAACGAGUUGAUCCGAAUGCUCCUCAACAAGGCCCAGCUCCAACAAAGAAUGUUGCUGAAGAAUGUUGGCCCUUGCAAGAUAUCGAGAUCAUUGACAUGUUGGGCAACAGCGCAUCUGGAAACACCAAUCCUGGAGAGGAGAAAGCCAUAGCAUCAGCUCUGACGAUCAGAUCUGGUGGAAGAUCCUUGACCUAUCGGCACGAAAAGCGGGACCUCAAAGCCAAAAAUCAAUUGUUAAUGGCAUUAAGAAAGGCUUCUGAAGAUGUCCGCAAAGCCAGUAAGACACAAGAGGAACAGAACAAGCCACAGACCGAAAGCCUGAAUUACUAUGCCGCCCGUGAUCCAGCGUCUGCCAAGAACACUGAAAUCAUCGAGAGCAUCAAUUCAUCAAAAGAAAAGCCCGACAUCCUGAUCGAAGUAGACGGAAAGCAACAAAACUUCCGCUGGGUCGAAGGGCAAAUCGACGAUCUCGACAUCGACAUCGCACUCCAAGUUUUUGAAGAAGCAGUCGAGAAAGUCGAGAAACUCCGCAAGAUCGCUAAAGGACUUAAAAGCAACUCGAUCGCCCAAGAACUCAUCUCGCUGAAAGUAGACGAGAGAUCGUCCAAGCUCGCCACAAUCCUCUGCCGCGAACUCGUGGAGACCCCUUCGUUCCUCGAAGCGACCAAGAAGACCACCAACUUCCUGAUCCGCCUAGGCUUCGAAGACCGCGCCCGCGAACUCUUCCUGAACGCCCGCAGCGAAAACCUCAGCAAGUGUGCCCGCCAAUGUAUCUUCGAAGGCGACCUGCUCCGCUACGUCUUCUCCAUCUCAUAUGUCUACUUCAGCGUCGUGAAGAACACGAUCUUGAUCUUCCAAGCCUCGUUCGCGGCCGGCACGACCAGCGCGUGCAUCAAAUGGGCCAACGAGCACCUCGAAACGUUCAACACGCUGCUGGUGCGGCAGCUGGGCGCGAUCGAGAAGGAAGGAAAGCUGUGGCGCGACUGCAUGGAUGUCAUCUGGACGCAUGAGAGGGAGAUGCUCGGCGACUUCGGCCUCGAUUUCAGAGAGGUAAUCGGCCGCGGACUCGAACUUAGGGCUGUCAGUGGUGCGGUGCCGAAGUCGGCUGACGAGGCGAGAGCGGAUAGCCGCUCGAAAAGUCGUGUUAGAGGCAACACUUAG